AUGAAUGUCUGUGUUGCCCUGACAGAACCUCCAGCACAUAUAAAUGUCUGUGUUGCCCUGACAGAACCUCCAGCACAUAUGAAUGUCUGUGUUGCCCUGACAGAGCCUCCAGCACAUAUGAAUGUCUGUGUUGCCCUGACAGAACCUCCGGCACAUAUGAAUGUCUGUGUUGCCCUGAUAGAGCCUCCAGCACAUAUGAAUGUCUAUGUUGCCCUGACAGAGCCUCCAGCACAAUUGAAUGUCUGUGUUGCCCUGACAGAACCUCCAACAUAUAUGAAUGUCUGUGUUGCCCUGACAGAACCUCCAGCACAUAUACAUGUCUGUGUUGCCCUGACUGAACCUCCGGCACAUAUGAAUGUCUGUUUUGCCCUGACAGAGCCUUCGGCUGUCUGUGUUGCCGUGACAGAACCUCCGGCACAUAUGAAUAUCUGUGUUGCCCUGACAGAGCCUCCGGCACAUAUGAAUGUCUGUGUUGCCCUGACAGAACCUCCGACACAUAUGAAUGUCUGUGUUGCCCUGACAGAACCUCCGGCACAUAUGAAUGUCUGUGUUGCCCUGACAGAACCUCCGGCACAUAUAAAUGUCUGUUUUGCCCUGACAGAACCUCCGGCAUAA